AUGGAGACUCACGGCGUUAAAGCGCUGCGCGUGCAGCUCGCGGACGAGGGCGGCCUGCCGUUCUACGUCCGCGCGUCGGACGUGCGGAAGAGCGAUAAGAGCGCCGCGGCGCCGGGGGAGGCGCGAAAGGCGGAGUUUCUCGCGGACGGGGUCACGCCGAUUCCGGACGACAUCGCGCCGUCGGAGACGAACGUGGUGGGGAACUACGCGGUGCAGAUCUCGUGGCCGGACGGGUUCUCGCAGGUGGCGACGUUCGCGCAGAUCGCGGCGCUGGAGCGGUUGGAGGUGAAGGGCGCCGGGAAGAGAGCGGAAGAGACCGCCGCCGCGGCGAGGAGUUGA